UAAUCUUCCAGAAAAUAGCAACACUAAGCAAGAAAUGGCUCUCAUUUCUAUAAUGGCCUCAAUAGGUUACUUUGAGAUAUUUGUUGCAAUCUUUUGCUUUUUUGUGUUUUGUGCUUUAGGUGAUAGAAGUGGCCUACCAUGUAAUUGGCCAUUUCUUGGAAUGUUUCCAGGCCUUCUUUUCCAUGUAAAUAGAAUUCAUGAAAGGUGUUUUGAAGUUUUUUCAAGAACUGGAGGUACUUAUUUACUAAAAGGCCCUUGGUUUGCAAAUAUGGACAUUCUUGGCACAGUAGAUCCUGCAAAUGUGCACUAUAUAAUGAGUGCAAAUUUUGAGAAUUUUCCAAAAGGGGAAGAGUUUAAAAAGAUUUUUGAUGUUUUGGGAGAUGGAAUUUUCAAUUCUGACUUGGAUUUAUGGAAGAGUCAGAGGAAAAUUACUAGGACUUUGAUCACUCAUCAAAGGUUUCAUAAUUGUUUGGUGAAAACUAGUUGGGACAAAAUUGAAAAUGGACUUAUUCCUGUCCUUGAAUUUGUCGCUAGAGAAAGUAAAAUUGUGGAUUUGCAAGAUGUUUUUCAAAGGUUCACUUUUGAUACGACAUGUCAAUUGGUCACAGGCUUUGAUCCUGGUUGUUUAUCUUUGGAAUUCCCAGAUGUUCCCUUUUCAAAAGCAAUGGAUGAGGCUGAAGAAGUAUUAUUUAUUCGACAUUUAUUGCCAGAAAUUGUUUGGAAAUUGCAAAAAUGGCUAGGUUUUGGACAUGAGAAGAAAUUAAGCAAAGCAUGGCAAGUUCUUGAUCAAGUUAUAGGCAAAUAUAUAUCGAUGAAACGCGACGAAUUGAGCAAUGGAAAGGAAGACAAUGAAGAGGGUUUUGAUAUCUUAACUUCAUACAUAUUGAAUGAUGGGCUAAAUUUUGAUGACAAGUCCUUGAGGGACACUAUACUAAACCUCAUGAUCGCGGGACGUGACACGACUAGCUCAGCUCUUACUUGGUUCAUUUGGCUUCUUUCAACACACCCUGAGGUGGAAAAAAAGAUAAGGGAAGAACUCAUUUCGGUGGAAGAAUCCCAAAAAUGGAGGCUUUUUAGGGCAAAUGAGUUGAAAAAUGCGAUUUAUUUGCAUGCAGCAUUGUGUGAAUCGUUGAGACUAUAUCCACCAGUUCCAUUUCAGCACAAGACUCCACGAGAGCCAGGUAUUCUCCCAAGUGGACACCAUGUUCAUCCUAAUAUGAGAGUGAUGUUUUCUUUAUAUGCAAUGGGGAGGAUGGAAUCAAUAUGGGGUAAGGAUGCUUCAGAAUUCAAGCCGGAGAGAUGGAUUUCGGAUCGUGGCACCGUAAAACAUGAACCAUCUUAUAAGUUCUUGGCUUUCAAUGCAGGGCCAAGGACUUGCUUAGGAAAAGAAGUGGCUUUCACUCAGAUUAAAGCUGUGGCUGCUGCUAUUAUUCAUAAUUACCAAGUUGAAGUUAUCAGGGGACACAAAGUUUACCCUAAUGUCUCCAUCAUUCUCUAUAUGCAACAUGGUUUUAAAGCCAGAAUUAGGAAUAGAUGGACUUAAUUUUAUGUUUUUACUAUAAUUCUCUAUUUUUAUUUGAGGUCUGUUUUUCUAUGGAAUUAAUUAAUGUAUGUAUAUUCUAGUUCCCUGUCAUGUAAUUCACUUGUGUUUCAGGUUCAA